AUGACAUGGGAGGAAAAACCACAAGACAAAACAAAUCCACUUGAUUUUGACCAUUCCAGAAAUGAGGAGGAUCAUCUGGAGAAAAUCACAAUUGCACCUGAGAAUGAUUCCAAGUGCAUUUCAAUUUUCUGCUCUGCAUGUCAAAAAACAAUACAGCCACACCACCUUCUCCAUCAUAAAAAAACUCAUAAAGCCCUAGCUUUGCUGGGCUUUGACAGCCCACAAAGAAAGACUGACAAAGAAACACUUUUAGCUCAGAGACAGAAACUAAUUUCAAAAUUGACCAAGAGUCCCAAAUACUCUGAAACGCACAGGCAGAAGAUUGAUUAUUCAUUUCAAUUCCUUAUGGAUAAUCACAUUCCUACAUCAUAUUGUGAACUUGCUAAUAUUAACAAUCCUAGUACGUUCUUGAAAGUAAAUAACUCCUUAAUAAAAGCAUUAUCAAUUUGCCAAGAUAAAAAUUCUGCAUGGCAGGGAGACAUGGAAGACAGAUUUAUUGUGCUCGACAACUAUGGAAAUAGGUCAGACACAUGUUUUCUGGGGUUAGUUGAUGGCUCUCACGGUGCGACAGCUGCAGAAACAGUUGCAGCAGAGCUUCCACUUUUAUUUCUUGACCAGCUUGCUCAAACAGAUUCUUCCUACAAAAAGAGUAAAAAGGGGCAGCAAAUUCUAGACUCUUUUGCCACAGUUAUCAAGGCAGAUUACAGGGAAAAAGAGAUGAUUUUCUCUGAUGAACCAGGCAAUGACAAGACUAAUACUUACGAAUGGAUUCACAGAGCAUAUGCCAAAUCCUUUUGGAGAAUGGACAGACUUUUACAACUGGGAAGGAACGAGGUUUCCAAAGUCCGCUGGAGCGGCUGUUCAGUGGUUACCUGCUUGGUGGAAAGAAUCCCCAGCAAAGAGACAGACGGCACUGAGAAAGGACGAAGAGAACAUUCUGAAAACACCACACACGGUCCAUUAACCAGGGCAGCCAAGGGUGUUGCUGGGUUACUGCACAUUGCUAAUAUAGGCAAUGUACAUGCAGUCUUAUGCAAAAAUGGAAAGAGUCACUGCCUCUCGAAAGAGCACAGCACUUCUAAUGUACGCGAGAGAAAACGCAUCCUUCAGAAUGGCGGGAACAUCAGCACUAAUGAACCAGAUGGAUUAGUAGAGGGGUACCUGAGAACUACGAGGGGCCUUGGAUAUCACGGAGAUCCAGUACUGAAGAGAUCUGUUAUACCUGUACCGUAUACCAUAUCUGUCCUUAUUGAUGACACUUGUCAGUUUCUUAUUUUAGCUUCUAAUGGGCUUUGGGAGGUUUUGGAUUACAAUGAAGUACUUGCACUAACUAUGACAACAUUCACCCAUUAUUUGAGAAUGUAUGAGCAUAUUCAACAAGAUGGAACUUCUCCACGCAAGUGUCAGUAUUUGAUGCCCCUCAUCGAAGCCAACUUAAAUGAGUCAAAGGCCACUAGUGAUCAGCAAGAUGGAACAGAGGUACUGUGUUCCAAUAAAGACACAUUUCUCACUGACUCAAAAGGCAACCUGAAACAAACUAAGCCAACAUAUUCUAGGACAAGGAACUACUUGCAAAGGAAAGAUGGAGUUCCUAAGGAAACUGAUGACCACAAAAAUCAAGCUGAUGCAGAACAGUCUCUUUUCAGUCACAAUAAAGUAAAUUCACAGAGAAGAGAGAUAAAGCAGUCCGAUUCUAGCACACAAUAUGGCUCUGAAGAACUGAAACAGCUCGAAGAUGAAAAAGCUUACCUAUGUAACAAUUUUCAGUCACUGACUUUAGAGCAAGAGCAAACAGAGACUGAUACUUUCUGUGUGAUAGGGCCAAGUCACACCUAUGAACAGCUGCUAGAGAAUGUACUGGCAACAGGCUCCAAAGACACAAACCACCCCCCAAAAGCAUGCCUAUCUAAUUAUGACCCAGGUCUACAACUGGCAGAAGAAAUGGACUCAAAGAUAUUUUGUGACAAACCUACAAGUUAUGCUGCUCAGGAAUUGCUACAAACUGUAUCACCCGUGGGUUCUGAAUCACCGCCGCCAUUUGAAGGGGAUGCAAAAAUGUACCCAUCCAGCUGCAAACCGCAAACAGCAGGAAGAGGCAGAGUCACCUCUGAGACACUCUACGGCAACACAGCAAGGUACAUUGGUGAACAACUGGUGAAGACCGCAUUAGCUGCAGGUUCAAGAGACAAUAUUACUAUUUUGAUUGUCCUUCUAAAUGGAUGUGAUAAGAUACCAAAUUACCUCAACACUUAAAAAAUUAUCACAGGAUAACUGGAGUGACACAGAACAU